AUGAACAUCUUACCGACCUCAGUAAAAGCCCUGCCGUUUCUAGCGGUCUGUGUAAUGGCAGCGGCCAGCUAUCCUGCCAUACCUCAGGAUCGUACCACUCCGGUGCAACAGCGUCUUGCUGUGAAAGGACCAAAUGCAUGGAAUACAUACCAGAAGCUCGACCAGGCUUGCGUUCAGUAUGGAACUUCAAGUGAUGCUCUUACCUCUGAAGCAUGCUCGACCGAUUCUGCUACAUAUCCCACCUCAAGGACGUACUCAAACGCAGUCACGCUUACUGGACUAACCCCGGCGACUACGUAUUAUUACAAGAUCGUCUCAACAAACUCCAGCGUAGAGCACUUCUCCAGUCCUCGUGUAGCAGGAGAUAAGACCCCUUUCUCCAUGAAUGCUGUCAUCGACAUGGGAGUUUACGGCGCCGACGGCUACACUAUCCAAGGCGAUAUGAGCAAAAGGGACACCAUCCCCCAGAUCGACCCCUCUCUCAAUCACACAACAAUUGGCCGUUUAGCGAACACAGUCGAUGAUUACGAGCUCAUCAUCCAUCCCGGCGAUUUCGCCUACGCCGACGACUGGUUCUACAAGCCCAAGAAUCUGCUGGACGGAAAAGACGCAUUUCAAGCAAUACUGGAGACCUUUUACAACCAGCUCGCCCCAAUCGCAGGCCGGAAACCAUACAUGGCCAGCCCAGGCAACCACGAGGCCGCAUGCCAGGAAAUCCCGUACACCACGGGCCUCUGCCCCGACGGCCAGGAGAACUUCACUGACUUCAUGAACCGUUUCGGCAAGAUGAUGCCAACGGCAUUUACCUCCACAUCUUCGGACAACACCGCGAAGGUCAAUGCGAACAAGGCUCAGGCCCUUGCAAAACCACCCUUCUGGUACUCGUUCGAGUACGGCAUGAUCCAUGUGACCAUGAUCGACACAGAGACCGACUUCGCCAACGCGCCCGACCAACCAGGCGGCUCCGCAGGCCUCGACAGCGGCCCCUUCGGCACCGCAACCCAACAGCUCGACUUCCUCGCCGCAGACCUCGCCUCCGUAGACCGCAGCGUAACGCCCUGGCUCGUCGUCGCAGGCCACCGCCCCUGGUACUCCACCGGCAGCAAUCGCUGCGCACCCUGCAAAGCCGCCUUCGAGCCCCUCCUGUACAAGUACGGCGUCGACCUCGCCAUCUUCGGACACGUGCACAACUCGCAGCGCUUCCUUCCUGUCAAUGACACGAAGCCGGAUCCGAAGGGGAUGAACGACCCCAAGGCGCCGGUGUAUAUCGUUGCAGGGGGCGCCGGGAAUAUCGAGGGCUUGAGCGGGGUGGGGAGUAAUUACUCGACGAAUGUUUUUGCCUAUGCCGAGGAUUUUAGCUAUGCGACUGUGAGCUUUUUGAGCGAGAACGAGGUCAAGGUGGAGUUUAUUAGGAGUUUGACUGGGGAGGUGCUGGAUUCGAGUGUGUUGUAUAAGAGUCAUGGUCAGCAGUUUGUGGUGCAGUGA